AUGCAAGCUUCCUUUGCCACCGUUUUCUGCACCAUCCUCGCUGCCAUUGGUCUUUCCAAUGCUGCGCCCAGCGGUCCAGUUUCCAACAGCACAUUGUCCCCCCUCGCGGCGCCAUUUGGAAUCAACUACGGAACAACCUGGAACAACGACGUCGCCUGGGUAGAUGGUCAAUCCAAAUGCAACUUCGUCGUUGUUGGACCCCUUGGGGCAAACCCAUGCGGAAGGCCCUUCACCAUUAACGGCCAGACCGGAUUCACGUUUGAAGGUUGUGGCGGCGGUCUGUGGAUAAACAAGAAUGGCCAGUUCUAUGCGAACUGUGGUAGUUUGAGCGAGCCCGACGACUGCGGUGUUCACACCGAAUUCCACUGCAUCUGA